GAAAAAUAGAAGAUACGUAAAAACGGCUGAUUACUGCUGCUUCUCCAAAAAACAACGUCGAGCACUCGCUAAAUUUUCAUUGAUUUCGCAAUUUAGUUGAUAAAGUUAUUCGAACGCGUACGGAAGUGAAAAAAUAUUCCCAAACGAACAAGUGACGAUUGUAAACAAGCACUCAAAAAAACACUUUGGUGAUUUUUCUUUUGCUACGAGUGAGUGCAAAAGAAAAAAUCCCCAAACCCCACCUCAAGGCAAACACUCUUGCAGUGCAUUGAGAUGCAGAGUUACGGUGGAGCAACAGCGUCAGCUGCUCCCCAACAACUACCCAUACAAGAACAGCCCCAACCAAAUCUCUAUGACGCAACGCUGCGUAACAGCAACGUAGAUCAGCAGCUAGACCAUGUUACAGGCGCUGCUGGUGGAGUGAGUAGGGGUGAAAAUAGCAGCGGUGAAAAUUCGCGUUGUGAAAGUGAUGAUGAAUAUCACAGAAAUCAGCCAAGGUCAACGGCGGCGACAGUUGGUGGCAUAAAUAUCGAAAAUGAGCGACCAAAUGUUUUCGCGCCUUCCACAACACAAUACGGUGGUGCUGAACAGAAUGGCAGUGAACAACCUUCAGGCUCCAACAACGCGGAAGGUGCUUCGCCAAUGGCCGCUUACAACGAGGAGAGAAUGCGUAGAAAAUUGCAAUUCUUUUUCAUGAAUCCGAUCGAGAAGUGGCAUGCACGUCGCAAGUUCCCGUACAAAUUCGUAGUACAGGUGGUGAAGAUCAUCUUGGUGACGAUGCAGCUGUGUCUGUUCGCGCAUUCGCGCUACAAUCACAUCAACUACACCUGGGAUAAUCGCAUCGCCUUCUCGCAUCUCUUUCUGCGCGGUUGGGACUCUUCGCGCGAAGUGGAGUCCUAUCCACCGUCGGUGGGUCCGUUCGCGUUGUAUGAGAAAUCCGAUUUCUAUGACACCAUUGACUAUGCGGUGCGCGGUUAUGCCAAUAUCAGUCGCUCCAUCGGCCCGUACGAUUAUCCGACCGAAAACAAUGAGAUGGCGCCGCUGCAUCUCUGCCUCUACAACUACCGUGAGGGCACCAUAUUCGGCUUCAAUGAGUCGUACAUCUUCAAUCCCGACAUAACCGAGUUCUGUUUGUACUUGCCGCCGAAUGUGACGACGAUCGGCGUGCAGGCCUACCUCAAGCAGAACGGCGUUGAGGUGAGCUUUUCGUCGCUGGUGAAAGCGUCGCUGGUGUUUGCCAUUAAAACGGUGAAUUUCAAGGCGUAUGGUGGUCCGCUGUCGGCGCCCGAUUGUUUCAAGUUCGACGUGACGAUUUUCUUCGACAAUCGCGAUCACGAUGGCCAAAUGUUGCUGUCGCUCGAUGCGGAUGCGCAGCGUUUGCGCUGCAGAGGUGAUGUUGAAUUCAUUUCGAGCGCGGAAUUCGAUGCGGCCUUGCGUAGCAUGUUGAAUAUACUGGUGUUGUUGGUGUGCCUGCUGUCGUUCGCGCUGUGCUCGCGUGCGCUCUAUCGGGCCUAUUUGCUGCGCUGCCAGACGGUGAGAUUUUUCCGCAUGCAGUUCAACAAGGAGCUGAGCUUCGAGGGGCGCAUGGAGUUUGUAAACUUUUGGUAUGUGAUGAUCAUUAUCAACGAUUUGCUGCUCAUAAUCGGUUCGUCACUGAAAGAGCAGAUCGAACGGAAAUUCCUUGUCGUUGAUCAGUGGGACACCUGUUCGCUCUUUCUGGGCGUGGGCAAUCUACUUGUGUGGUUCGGCGUGUUGCGCUACCUGGGCUUCUUCAAGACCUACAACGUGGUCAUACUGACGUUGAAGCGUGCCGCGCCCAAGAUACUGCGCUUCCUACUCGCAGCGCUGCUCAUCUACGCCGGCUUCACCUUCUGCGGCUGGCUUAUACUCGGUCCAUACCACAUGAAGUUCCGUUCGCUUGCCACAACCUCGGAGUGUCUGUUCUCGUUAAUUAACGGUGACGAUAUGUUCGCCACCUUCGCUACGCUCUCGUCCAAGGCCGAUUGGCUGUGGUGGUUCUGUCAAAUCUACCUGUACUCCUUCAUCUCGCUGUACAUCUACGUCGUGCUGUCGCUGUUCAUCUCGGUCAUCAUGGAUGCCUACGAUACGAUCAAGUGUUAUUAUCGUGAUGGUUUCCCGAUAUCGGAUCUGAAGGCGUUCGUGGGCACGCGCACCGAGGAGGACCUCACAUCAGGUGUGUUCAUGAAUAGCAUGGAUGACUUUGAUGGCAACGGUGUGCUGGAAGUGCUACGCCAAGUCUGUUGUUGCGGCCGUUGUCGGGUGGGUGGCGGCAGUGCUGGUGGCAGCAACGGCGCCUCAGGGUACACCAGUUUAACGAGUAUUAUCAAGUGAUUGAAUGUUAAUGAUGAUAUUGAUGAUAUACACUGAAUUCAAACUGUACUGACGAAUGCGACGAACGAACGAAGAACUGUAUAAACGAACGCUGACGCUGACGCUUGGUAUGUGCCGUAACGCCAACGCUGCUGAGCUGCUACAUAUAUUCGCAGGCAUUUUUGAGCGCAUGCAUUGAUCUGAUUGUGUAUUAUUAUUAUUUUUACUGAUAUUUUAGUUGUCUAGUAUAUUCUUUUCUUUUUGUUAAUAUCGUUUAGUUGAAUGUCUAAUAUUUGCUUAUACAAAAGUUAUUUUUUUACAAAAUACCAUUGAAGGCAACUGCAUUUGCAGCUGGGCUUUCAUACAAGUAUGUGUCUCAUACGCGUUACAUUUGCAUCGAUUUCGUAAAUUCGCAUUUCUAAUCUUUGUGGCAUGUCAUUAAAUCCGAAACAAGUUUCUUAAGUGUAAAAGAAAGCUUUGUCGAACACGUUUGUUAAUAUGUUAGCAUAUACAUAUAUAUAUAUUUGUAAGUAUAAUGUCAGGGACUAAAGUAUAUGAGGUUAGGUGUCUUAAAAUUAGAAAACAGUAAGCAUAACAACAAUACAAUAAACUACAUUUAGCUUGCUUCAAAUCAAUCGAUGUCGUCUUAAAGCUUCUAAAUAGUAUACUAUGUUGCCAUGUAGACUUACAAAAAUGCUUGCUAAAUACACUAUAUGACUGUUGCUAGUUUUAGUCCUUGAAAAUAAUAAAAGUCUUUUUACUGCAAAAGUUACAUGUAAAUUUUUAAAACCAAAGAAUGUAUUUUUUGUGUCUCCAUUAUUAGCCAGAAAAUAAGCGUAGAUACAUUUUCUAAAACAAUUUAUUAUUAUAGUUAAGAUUAGUGGUGGUUAAACGCCUAAAAGUAUACAUUAGACUGUGUAUUUCAUAUGUGAAAAGUUGACGAUAUUGAAAAACGCUGACAAUAAUUCAACACAGGCAAAGUUGUACGCAACUAGUUAUGAUAUUAGAGCACGCAUAUGCAGGGUUGUUAUAUAUAUUUUUGAUAAAAUAAAUUGACUAUAAGCCUAAAGUGCUGUAAUGUGGAAGCACGCUUUUAGGAGGAAAUAAAAAUAAUUUCUACCCAAAAAAUAUAAAAUUUUUCAAGGAGGUAAAGAAAUGUCCAUAUUAACACAUUAUUUAUUGAAAUUUUCUGAAACAGAAAUCCUUUUCUGAAGCGUUUGAGCAUUUCUCUUUCAAAUAGUCUCUAAAAUUAUUCGCUCUUUCACUCAUUCUAUUGCUUAAGCAUUUGCUCUUUUAAUUAUAUGCAUCCUUAAGCAUUUUUGCCACCAGAAGAAACUCUUAAUUAAACUCAUAUUCUUUCAAAUUAACUCAAACGCAUUUGCAUAUUUACUUAGAACUUCUAAGCGCUGUAAAAGCUUAUCACAUUUUUGUUGUUAUCAUCAUCUACAUCUUCAUACAACAAUAAAUGACAAAUCUUGAGAAUUCUAAAUUACCACACACCAACUAAAUAACUGCAUUUUAGUGCACUCUAUAGUAUUCUACUAGUUUUAGUGCUUCUGCAACUGAUGUGUAUUUCAUGUAAAAGUACCGUUAUAUAAAUAAAAUGCUAUAGUCAAAUAAAGUAGAGAUUUUUUCAGUGGUAACUUAAAUAUAUUUUCUCUUACCUUUUCUUUAUAUUUUCCUCUCUUCUUUUUUUUUUUUUUUGUUUUUCUUUCUUUCCACUUUCUACAGUUGUGUUUAUGAGACGCGCGUCUGAUGAAUGUUUUUUGGUUAUGAAAUAAACGAAAAUCUGUCCACGAGUUGUAAAAUGUGUAUAAAGACCUCUAGUAUUAAGUAUUGACAUGUUAUUGAGUGCGUACUUUAUAUAUAUACAUACAGCUAUGUACAUACAUAUAUACACAAUAAAGUUACAUUGUACAUUAAAAUAUA